CCAUGUUGACACUGCCCCCGUCGCCGGAAAAACACGAAGUAUGGCCCUCGAGGCUGCCAUAUCCGUCGGAGGAUUCCCUUCGGCGUCGCCGCGCCUUCUUCCCUCUCCGGCCGCUCCUCGUCAAUCCGGCGUCAAGGUUGGGUUCUCGCGGUGGAACAAUGCCAACGCCGAGCCCUACGUCCUCCGCCACCGCUCUCAGCAGGCCAUCGAGGAGGAGCGCCGCCUUGCCAAGAAAGACGAGCUGGCAGCGAAGAUCGUUGCCGACGUUUCCGAGGCUGGAACCGACCCCGCCGCAUCCGGUAGCCGUCCUCUCUUCCGCUCAGCUGGAACCCCCUCCUCCCCUUCCCGCCCUUCCAUUCCCGGAAAGAAAUCCAAGUACUCCAAAGGCCCCAACUCUAAAUCCCAUCCCGCCUUCCGACGGAUGCGGCCGCCUCGUGUCCCCAGGGCCCCCGACGAAGCGGAGGCGGAUGUGGGCGUCUCGGUUAAAGAAGGCGGUGUUUCCUACCGGCUUCCCGACGCCCCCUUCGAGUUCCAGUACAGUUACACAGAGGCUCCCAAAGUGAAGCCUCUGGCCCUCCGCGAGCCGCUUUUCGUGCCGUUCGGGCCUACAACGAUGCCGCGGCCGUGGACCGGGAGGGCGCCGAUGCCGCCUAGCAAGAAGAAGCUACCUGAAUUCGACUCGUUCAAGCUGCCGCCACCUCACAAAAAGGGGGUGAAGCCGGUACAAGCACCCGGACCUUUCCUGCCGGGGACAGGGCCUAUGUACGUUCAAUCUAGAGAGGAGAUCCUUGGGGAGCAAUUAACGCAUGAUGAGAUCAAGUUGCUAGUUCAGGGUUGUCUUAAGGCGAGGAGGCAACUCCAUAUUGGCAGGGAUGGAUUGACUCACAACAUGCUGGAAAACAUCCAUGCUCAUUGGAAACGUCGAAGAGUCUGCAAGAUAAAAUGCUUAGGGGUGUGUACAGUUGAUAUGGACAAUGUCCGUCAGCAGCUAGAGGAGAAAACAGGUGGUAAAGUAAUCUACAGUAGAGGAGGAGUUGUAUUUCUGUUUCGUGGCAGGAACUAUAAUUAUAGGACGCGCCCUAGGUUUCCUUUGAUGCUUUGGAAGCCUGUAACGCCAGUAUAUCCAAAGCUAAUUCCACGUGUUCCUGAAGGGUUGACAUUGGAAGAGGUGACAGAUAUGCGGAAGAGGGGACGCACUGUGCCUCCUAUAUCCAAGCUAGCUAAAAAUGGAUUUUAUGGGAACCUUGUGAAGCUUGUGAGAGAAGCAUUUGAAGUGUGUGAGUUGGUGCGCAUAAACUGUGAGGGAAUGAACGCAAGUGACUACAAGAAAAUCGGUGGAAAGCUAAAGGAUCUUGUUCCUUGUGUGCUAAUCUCAUUCGAAAAUGAGCACAUUCUAAUGUGGAGAGGAAAGGAUUGGAAAUCAUCUUUACCAAAACUAGAGACAAGUACUAAAGAAGUUACAGAGAGUCUAGGUGACAACUUGGCUGGUCAACUUGAACAUGCAUCGCUUUCUGAACAUUCAUCAUCUCAGUUGAGCACAAUCGAGUACUCAAAUACGGUUACAGUUGCAGGCACCAUUGGUUUGGUUGGUGUUGGAAAUAACUCUUUGUCUGAUGAUCUGGAAGAAAAUAAUAUAGGAGAAAAACAAAUUUCAGAAGAAAACGGUGAGCCAUUUAUAGCAACUGAACUAAAAAGUGCUUCAACUGGACUGGAGGAGUCCGUGGCUGCCUCAGACAGCUUGGUGAGCGCCGAUGGAUCGAUACCCACGUCAGAGAACCUCAUCAGCAGCAAUGGUUCAAUACCAAGUGCUAUCGACAGUGAUGCUGAUGCCAGCGACAAUGAGUCAUCAGCAUCCCAUUCAGGCAGCCUGAUUACUGAAGGUGCUGAGGUUAAAGUGGAUGCUGCUAGCCGACGAGUUGUGGAAAGAUUUUUGCAACUGCGCCAGCAGGCGUUAGAGAGUGGAGUGGCCUUGGUAUUUGACGAUGCGCCGGUGGAUGCUAAUACCGUUUAUGAGAGAUCUGUCAAUCUAGCUAAGACUGCUCCUCCGGGCCCUGCUUUUAAGAUGGGGCAGAAGAAGCCGGUUCAGAAGGACGAGAAGCCGGGGAAGGAAGAGUUAGAUCUGGAUGUUCUGCAAAUUCGUGACAAGAACAGUAGAAGAAGCUCUUCAGCCAAAAAGAAGAAGAAAGAACUGUCGACAAGUACAGUCCGGGGCAGGAGCUUGGGAGUAGAUGAGCUUGCAAAAUUAUUGGCUUAGUAAAUGUGAAUUGAAUCCUUCACGAAAUUCCGGUUUCAUUUUGUAAAGAUACAUUUUGCCACUGCGAACUCUCACAAUAAGUUAGCCCCGAAACAUGUGGCUACCGCCUGUAAAGUGUUUUUCGGGUAAAAUUGCAAAGGUCGCCCUCCAUACCGCUA